CGAAUGCAUUGUUUGCAGUGUUUGUGUGUUUUGGUGCGAAACGCGACAAUCGAUUCGUUCACUAAUUGUUGUCUUGUUUUGCGUUUCCUUUCAUUCCAUUGGGAUUGUCAUCACAUUGUCAUCACUUGUGUCCAUCACUCUCGCCAUGAAAGACGUGUCCAUUGAUUACGAUUCCGAGGAUCCGAUGGACGCGAGCGACGACGAGUCGAGCAGCUGUUCGACGGAGGCUUUGGUCACAUCGACCACUAGUUUGGGCUCUUUGGCCGCCAUUACUCCCAUCGGUGUCCUCAAGAAGUGCGUGAAUAGAGGCAAAUGGACUAAAGAGGAAGAUGACAGGCUUAAGACAUAUGUGGAGACGUAUGGAGAGCACGACUGGCAGACCAUUGCCCACCACUUCAACGACAGGUCCGACAUUCAAUGUCAGCAGCGAUGGGACAAAGUGGUGAACCCGCGGCUCAUCAAAGGUCCCUGGACUAGACAGGAGGACGAAAAAGUGGUGGAAUUGGUGGACAAAUACGGGCCCAAGAAGUGGACACUAAUCGCCAAGCAAUUGGAGGGACGUAUAGGCAAACAGUGUCGGGAGCGGUGGCACAACCACUUGAACCCCGAGAUCAUAAAGACUGCGUGGACUGACUCGGAGGAGAUGGCGAUCAUUAAGGCUCACCAGCAAUGGGGCAAUCAAUGGGCGAAGAUUGCGAAGCUGUUGCCCGGGAGGACCGACAACGCCAUCAAAAACCACUGGAAUUCGACGCUUAAGAGGAAGUCCGAGGCCAUCAUCAGGGGUUCGCCUACUGUUCCCCUCAAACGAAGGAAUUGCAAACGCAAUCGAAAUGUUCACAAAACCGAUGAGAAUUCAUAUCAGAUGCCUUCGAGCGCUUCGUUUGUUCGCCAAUUCGAGACUUUCUGCGAUACGGUGUCGAGUGCCCAGCGCUCGCUCAUUGACGCCCAGCCCUACCCCUCGUCGUCGAGAGGGUCCCAACCGGUCACUACUUAUACGGCCGCGGAGUACGACGAGAGCGAUGACGGCCUCAACGACUUGAGUGAUCUGUUGUCGCCUCUGAACGCCGAUGUGAUUGAACGCGAGUUAACCGAAUUGGCGUCGAGUGCCGGCUCGGCCUUCAACGACCUCACGGUCUCUGAACUCGUGUCCGCUAUCGACGGACCGCUGCUGAGCUCACCGCUGAAGGAUUGUUACCCCAACCCAGACAUGAAUCCAAAUGCCUCUCCGCUUUCAUCGCUGUUUCAUCCGUCGAUUCUGAAGAGGAGGCAAACGAUGGUUGACUACCAGACGCCCCCUUCCAUGAAGAAGAAGAACCCCUUCAACGAGAGUCAGUUCGCGGCGGCCGUCACCUCCACUCCCUUUGUGGCACAACACCAUUCGCCAGACUUCAAGUGUCUGCCAUUCAGUCCAACACAGUUUCUGAACGCACCCAACGGUUCGGUCACUUCGACGCCCGUCAACAACAACAGCAACAGUCCCUCCAAAGUCCGGUUCACACAAAAGGCAGACCAAUGGCUGCAUAUCUUUGACACACCGCCCACUUCCGACGUGAGUGGUAUCACUUCCACCAACAAAGAGAAUGUGUCUCCGUAUCGCAAAUCACGAAAGUGUUUGUCUUCGACGUGGAGUUCUGGAGGAGAUAUUGCUGUUCCAGGACUGACGGCACCACAAACCCCUGUGAGGUCUACGCAAGCCAUUGACACCACCUUUGAUUUACUCGAAACACCGAGUAAGUCUUUAGUGGACGAGUCGUCGUCACUACUGCUGUUCAGUCCGCCGGCAAUACUUCGAGACUCGAUGGGAUCCGAUGGCAUGUGUUAUAAUAGCUCUGCAAACAGUUUGCAAACUUCUUGUCACACGAAUAGCACCAGUAUUUACAGCAGUAAUGAAAGUCACGACGACAGCGGCUCAGCA